AUGGCUACAGAAGUGAAAUUAUCACUCCCAAAUGCUCGCCCAUACGGAUUUACCUUUCCUCUUGCUACCACAGCAUUCAUCGUGAUUGACAUGCAACGGGAUUUUCUAGAUCCAGACGGCUUCGGAUCCAUUGUAUGCGGCAACCCCGCCAUCUUCUCGUCCAUCCGCAAAAUCGUACCAAAUGUCCAGAGAGCUUUAGAAGCGGCACGUUCUAUGGGCUUGCAUGUCAUUUAUACCCGAGAAGGCCAUCUUCCGAAUCUCAGAGAUUUGCCUGCUGCGAAAAGACUGAGACAAUUGAAUGCGCCAAACGGCAACCAAUCGAUGGGCAUCGGUGACGAGGGGCCAAUGGGGAAACUCUUGGUGAGAGGAGAGAGGGGUCAUAAUAUCAUCAACCAGCUAAAGCCGAAUCCUGGUGAACCAAUUGUUGACAAACCAGGAAAAGGAAGCUUUUGGGGUACCGGAUUCCAUAGGCUGCUGCUUGCUAGAGGGAUUACACAUUUGAUACUCACUGGAGUGACGACAGAAUGUUGUGUUAUGAGCACGUUACGAGAGUGUAACGAUAGAGGUUAUGAAUGCUGCGUCCUCUCUGACUGUACCGAAGGAUUUGAUCCAGCCAUGGUGGCAGCAUCAUUAGACACCAUCGUCUGUCAAAAUGGCCUUUUCGGAUAUGUUGGCCAUAGCAGUGAGCUCAUUGCACAGCUAUAUCAAAUUCGCUCUCUUCAGCCGAGUUUUGUUGCAAAUCUUGAUGCCAUAGCGCUUCCCUCUAUCAGUGAGCUCAGAGGUCUAUACAGAGAUGGUCUACUCAAUCCAGAAGCUGUCAUACGAUCAGUGUUCAAUCGAAUAGCCAAGUAUGAGAGCAUUGAUCCAUCUUUGUGGGUAUCUCGAGAAUCUCUAGAGAGUACAUUGGCAGCUGUCAAACGAUUGUCUACGACCUAUGUGGGCAAAGCACUUCCUCCUCUCUUUGGCAUUCCAUUCGCCGUCAAGGAUAAUAUCGACGUGACUGGGGUGAUCACCACAGUUGCGUGCGACAGCUUCGCCUAUACCGCGACCUCAACUGCUCCAGCAAUUCAACAUUUACUUGACGCCGGGGCAAUAUAUAUAGGGAAAUUGAACCUCGACCAACUUGCCACUGGUUUAACAGGAUGUCGCUCCCCGUAUGGCACUCCUCACAGCUACCAUUCCAAGAAACACAUCACUGGUGGCUCAUCUUCUGCACCAGCUGUUGCCGUCGCUGCUGGACUUGUGUCCUUUGCCAUUGGUACCGAUACCGCCGGAAGUGUUCGGGGUCCAGCAGCAUUCAACGGAAUCGUCGGCUUCAAACCAACCAAGGGUACCAUCUCGGCAAGAGGCGCGGUACCUGCUUGUCAAAGCCUUGAUACACUCGGGAUCCUAGCGCCUUCUCUGCAUGAUGCAAGACAGGUUUGGUAUGUAAUGGAUCAGUAUGACCAUUUAGAUUCGUACGCCAAACCACCAUCGAGCCUACCUACUUGGAUGGUGGAUUAUCGAGGAUUCGGACUGGGAGGUUUCACCUUUGGCACACCUCCAGAUUCUUUCCUAGCAUUGUGCUCGAAAAGCUACCAGCAGCUAUUCAAAAUAGCUGUUCGCAAGUUACAAUCGUGCGGAGGAACACCAGUCGAUAUCGACUACAUGCCAUUUGUCAAGGCGGGCGGUCUCAUCUAUGGUGCAUCUCUUAUCCAUGAACGUCUUGCUUCAAUCGGACACGAUUUUAUCACAGAAAAUAUUGACACACUUCAUCCCGUCACAAAAAAGAUCUUUGAAGGCGUUUUGUCAUCCGACCUCAAAGCCUGGGAAGUGUUUCGGGAUCAAGCCACGCAGAUGCAGUGCAUCGCAGCGGCACGCCGAAUGUUCAACAAACUGGAAGAUGGCAUUGACGUUUUAGUUGUGCCUACCAUGCCUUGCCAUCCUACUAUACAAGAGGUAUUGGAUGACCCAAUAGCUCUGGGUUCGAAACUUGGCAUAUUCACGUAUGCCGCAAAUGUUGUUGACCUAUGCGGUGUUAGCAUUAACGCCGGAUGGGUAGAGGAUGAGGGAACACGGCUGCCAUUUGGUAUUACGUUUCUGGGGGACAGCGGAUAUGAUGGAAAGGUUCUAGAUAUUGCAGCUGUUUUCGAAAGCCUUAUGAAAUAA